GACCACUCCUACCUUCACCGCACCCUAAUCCUUACCGCCAACAAGCCGCCAACAUGGGUAACCAACAGUCAGGGCUGCUCGACAACAUCGCCUCGGGCUCGAAUUUCGACCGCGAGGAGGUAGACCGCCUGAGGAAGCGAUUUAUGAAGCUGGAUAAGGACAACUCUGGAACCAUUGAGCGUGACGAAUUUCUGGCUCUCCCUCAGAUCUCCUCGAAUCCUCUCGCAACACGAAUGAUCGCCAUCUUUGACGAAGACGGUGGCGGUGACGUUGACUUCCAAGAGUUUGUCUCUGGCCUCUCAGCCUUCAGCAGCAAGGGCAACAAGGAGGAGAAGCUACGUUUCGCAUUCCGCGUAUACGAUAUUGAUCGCGAUGGCUACAUCAGCAACGGCGAGCUCUUCAUAGUACUGAAGAUGAUGGUCGGCAGCAACUUGAAGGACCAACAACUGCAGCAGAUUGUCGACAAGACCAUCAUGGAGGCUGACCUAGACCGCGACGGCAAGAUCAGCUUUGAAGAGUUUACCAAGAUGGUUGAGAACACAGAUGUAUCCAUGAGCAUGACCUUGGACCAAUUUUAAGCGCUAUUCCCUAUCACAAAUACAACAACAUCUCAUGAUACGAAGGUUUUCUCGGCGAGGCGUUCAUGGUGUUGCAGGUACACUUGGGAUGGAUUUGAAAGCACUCGAUAUCCAUUGAUCCAGGGGUUUGGUUCCUGAACAUGAGCAGUGUGCAUGAGGACGCCGAUAUUGACAAGAGGCAGUUGUGCAGCUCACUAGAUGCAAUUCAUCUUCACAAG